GGAGCUCGCGGCACGCGUGGGGCUCGAGUCGACACUGGAGAAGAAUAGGGCAUGUUGUUUUUUUUUAAGCCUUGUUGAGGACUUUUAGUGAGCGUUUUUUGGGCUUUGAUACUCGGUUUUAGCCUCAGCAGCGAUUAAAUAUUGCUUUUAUGUAGCGUGAAUUGUCGUGUUUGGCCGGUGUUGACGCGUUAAAACACGUUAAAUUUACGGAAAAUCCACUAGUUAGCCUGUGGACGGACGUGGUGAUCUCAGACGGAUGAUGGACCUAUAGGAUUAACGUGUUCUCGGCUUGAGCAGAAGAACAGCGCCGUGAAAAACAAAAAAACACACCGGGAAGAUUAACCCAGCUGAGGCGGACUCCCGCUACAACCCAGCGCUCCUCCCGGCCCGCCGCAGCUUCUCGCCCCGCUCCCCGGUCGCACUCGCUGGCUGUCGGAUGGACCAGCACCCCGAGGCUCGAGGCUGCGCCGCCGGGUCCCGGUGCUCCGAGCUCGCCGUCCGGAGCGAGCCCCACAUGACCGUGUCCAUCCACAGCACCACGGGCAGCCGCUUCGAGCUCCCCCUGCCCCCCGAGGAGACGGUGGAAGGGCUGAAGAGGAGGCUCGCGCAGAAGCUCCGCGUGCCCAGAGACAAGCUCGCGCUCCUGCACAGAGACACGAGGCUGAGCUCAGGAAGACUCCAGGAUUUUGGGGUUACGGACGGGAGCAAGUUGACUCUGGUGCCGACAGUGGAAGCAGGACUAAUGUCGCAGGCGUCCAGACCAGAGCAGUCCAUCAUGCAAGCCCUGGAGAGUUUGAGCGAAACUCAGGUCGGCGACUUCCUCUCGGGCCGCUCUCCGCUGACCCUCGCCCUGCGCGUGGGCGACCACAUGAUGUUCGUGCAGCUGCAGCUGGCUGCGCAGAACUCAGGUGUUCAGCAGUCUGCAGCCAGAAGUCCUUCAGGCACGGCCAGGAUGCCUACGGAGCACUGCGGGGGCGGAGCCAGGCACAUCCAUACCCCGCCCACUGCACACAGCAACCCGAGGGCAUCACCUGGACACAACGCCCACCCCGCCCGCUUCUCACCCCCCUCCAGCCCCACCGUUCCUGCAGGCUCCGCCCCUCAGCUUCAUUCAACUGCAGGGGCUUGCAGCCCUGCGCCCGGACAGUCCACACCCUGCCCACAGGGUGAGUGUGGAAGUUCAAACUUCAGCAGCAGCAGCAGCAGCAGCAGCUCUGGCUCCAGCUCCAGCUCCAGCUCGUGGCCCAGUCGUAAACCAGGCGCUGUGAUCGAAAGCUUUGUUAACCACGCCCCUGGUGUCUUCUCAGGAACCUUCUCAGGCACUUUGCACCCGAACUGUCAGGACAGCAGUGGUCGUCCUCGCCGCGACAUCAGCACCAUCUUGCAGAUCCUCAACGAUCUCCUGAGCGCCACACGUCACUAUCAGGGCACUCCGCCCGCACUGGCACAUCUCCGCUGUCACGCACAGGGCCCUGCUUCCCCCCGGACGACCCCACCCACAUCGCCCUCGCCACCAGCCUCGCCCACUUCACCCUCCACCAUACAGCUUCCAUCACCUCCAGCUUCACCUUCAACACCGUCACCUACCUCAGAGAGGCCGACUCUCAGCGGCCACAGCCACAGUCGCAUCAGCAAGCCCACCGGUUUGCCCUCCAGGCAGACGGAGAAUAAAGCGACCCGCUGUAAAGUGGAGCGUCUGCAGCUUCUCCUGCAGCAGCGGAGGCUCCGGCGGCGGGCUCGGCGGGACCCCCGCGGACCCUACCACUGGCUGGCCAACCGCAAAGCAGCCCGGAGCCACAGCAACAGCAGCCUGUCCAGCGAGGGCUCUCUGGACCUGGACUACGACGAGGCGCUGUGGAAACCCGACGUCCAGACCGACAUGGGCUCUGAGUUCGUCCUGGCCUGAGACAAAAGUAGAGGACCAAUGAGGAGAGGCCUCGGUACGCAGACAAAAGAGAGAAUAAGAGAGAGAGAGAGGGAUGGAGGAGGAAGAAGACUACAAAAACAGAAAUAUGGCGAUGGAAGAAGGUAGAGCGUCAAAAACUAUUAAACAGAAUGGACUUUUGGACUUCUGUCGUUUGGUCAUUCAGUUUGGAUUGAAUCAACUGGAUUGCCUCAGAAAGACAGAACUGUUCUGAUUGGAGGAACUGUUAGAACUUGAACACCUCUGGACCUUUUUUACAGACAGGAAGUGAUCUGAACCCUACUGGAUUCAGCCAAACCCCAAGACCCAAUGUUAUCUCAUUGGGAGCACCCGAUUCUGGCAAUGGGACCCUCCUAUAUAUUUUCUGUUCUUUUUUUUUUUUUUUAAUUGGGACCCGAUGUUGCGUCACUGGGCAUUGAUCUUUUCACUGAUUUUCACGUAACCUUCUCAACACGGUGGUGGUGGUUUUAGUUUAGUUGUUACAAAAUGCGUCAUGUAGCAUUACGAAGCAGGAAUUCAGGUUUUCGUCUCUCCGGUUUAUAACAUUUUGCACACUCCUCGGUUUUUGUCCUUUUUGUUUUUUUUUGUUUGUUUUUUUUCUUUUUAUCGACUUGUGAGCAUUAAAGUCUUGUUUUUUAAUGCCUGGAAUGGACAGAACUCUUGACAAAAAAGCUAAAGCUAUGAAGCUAAAGGUUUCAACGUCAUCAGAAGAGAGCAUUUAUCACGAGAACACACACGUUCCUCAUGUUUUAUUGUUUGUGUUCAUUUUUUUUUUUUUUUUUUAUAUUUUAUUUAUAAAUGGAGCCAUUUCUUUACCGUUUAUUCUACACUUCCCCCCCUUAAAACACCUGUGCACAUAUAUUGUCGUAAAACAAAUAACUGUAUCUGCUGGUUAAAGUAUUAAGGUAUUACAGUGCCUCCGUUUACCUUUUACUGUAUUGAAGCGUCAGAUAUCGCAUCUGAAGAUUUCGUUUUUUGCUGCUACAAAGGACGAUAAACCAAGAAGGGGUCUGUCUCUUGUCUGGUCAUUCAUCUCAUUCAUAACUAUGACACACAUAUAUAUAUUCCUACAUAAUUCUAUGUAAUUCUAUGAAAUUCUGCAGAAGUGCUGCAGAUGCAUGCUUGUCUUACACACACAAGAUCCCUUUUUGAUAGAGGGUUCGGUUUCAGUCACAGCUCUGUAGCCCCAUUUUACAGUCGAUCUGAAGAAAGCCAACAGUUUCGGAUCCUUCUGGAUUGUUCUGGAUGACUUCAGGGUCUUCAGUCCUUUUUGGCUGCUCUUUCAUCAAAUGAAGCCAUUCAUUGAAAUCAAUGAUAAAUGAAGAGGAUGACAAAUACUCAGCAAAGUUUAGUUUGUUUCGUGCGCUUGGACCCAUUUACCGCCUAACUGCCAUUUGUUUCACAAGACUGGAAAUAAAAAGAACAUUUAUAUA